GUUGUGUGUUGAGUGCGAAGAGUGAAGUAAUAAAACAAAAAGAGUAGUGGGAACGAAGACAACAAAGGUAAAUCAAGGAGAAAAGGAAAAAGCUCAUAUGCUUUUUUGGGUUUGUUUCCCACCAGGUUGAGGUGUUGAGAAGCUCAUCUCAAGCAUUUGGGAAGUGACCUGAGCAUUCAGCUACUUGGGUAUAUACAAUGAGCUACAGCAGCUCCUCAAUGGGUUCUGGUAGUGGAACAAGUAGAAGGACAUUUGAGUUUGGAAGGACCCAUGUGGUAAGACCUAAAGGGAAGCACCAGGCAACUAUAGUUUGGCUACAUGGCAUUGGUGAUAACGGUUCAAGCUGGUCCCAACUCUUGGAAGCUCUUCGUCUUCCAAAUAUUAAAUGGAUUUGCCCAACUGCUCCUACACGGCCUGUAGCCAUAUUUGGUGGAUUUCCUUGCACUGCUUGGUUUGAUGUUGGGGAGAUUUCAGAAGAUGCUCCAAAUGAUUUGGAGGGCUUAGAUGCUUCUGCAGCUCAUGUUGCCAAUCUUUUGUCAACAGAGCCUCCUAAUAUCAAACUUGGUAUCGGGGGCUUCAGUAUGGGUGCUGCAACGGCACUUCAUUCGGCCACAUGCCAUGUCUUGGGGCACUAUGGGAAUGGAAACAUUUACCCUAUCAACUUAAGUGCAAUUGUUUCUCUAAGUGGCUGGCUUCCUUGUUCAAGUACCUUGAAAAAUCGGAUUGAAAGAUCACGUGAUGGCAUAAGGCGUGCUGCAUCAUUGCCCUUGUUUGUCUGCCAUGGAAGAGCUGAUGAUGUGGUUGCAUAUGAACAUGGAGAGAGAUCAGCAGGGACCUUAAGCUCAGCUGGAUUCCAGAAUCUUAUAUUUAAGAGCUACAACGGGUUGGGUCACUAUACAGUUCCUGAAGAGACUGAUGAAGUUUGUAGGUGGCUAACUGCAAAUUUGGGACUUGAGGGGUUUCGGUUGAACUAGGGAAGUAAAGCUCAAUCAGGUCACAAAUAUAGAAGCAUACUUCUAGGCUAUGGAAGAGGCUCUAUAGAAUAGUUAGUGGUGUGGGGUAUACUGGUAUUGGUAUAGCUGCUUCAUUCUCUCCUAUGCUCAUGGUACUAAAUAAACCCUUUUCCCCCAGGGGUCCUUAUCUUUAUUGUUUUGGGAUUUGGGAAUGCUUUGGUGGGAGGACAUGGAUAAUUUCCUCUACAUCCAGCAAAUUUUUGUUUAUGUCAUUCAGGUUUGGAUAUAUAUGUUGCUUUCUGUAUUCCUAUUCUGACUAAAUAAAGUCAAACCUUAACAAGCCGGACAACAAUAAAAUAAAAAUAUGACCAU